GCAGAAAGGGGUUCGGACCCUACUUUACUGGUAGGAUUAUCUCUUCCUUUUCUUCCACCCCCUUCAUCAUGAAAAAAAGCCCAAUUCCUUCACCACUCCGUCACCUUCUCAAGACGAUACGCAUUUUCUAGCGCGUCUUGCAGGAGCAUUUACUACGCACCCCUCCCCCAAUAGCUGAAGGGGAGAAAAGAAAUAUUUCCUCUUCUUCGGGGCGUCCGCUCACCCGUCCUUCCGUCUUCGAGUUUUCCUUUUCCUUCGUUGCCAAAUUUUUCUUUCCGCUUCUUCCCCCUCUUUUCGGACAUUAGAAUGCCUCUUGGUGCUACUACUAGCCGCUGUCUGCUGCUUCGCUCUCGAGCAAUUGCUUCUACUGCUACCAUCGUUGCCAGGCCUCCGUUGUUACAGUGCUCUACGAGAGUCGGGAAGAAGGAGAACAAAGCUGGUUCUGGUAUAAGGCUUGAAAGGCUUGGAAACCUGCACGCGUUUAGCGUCAGUAUGGAAAGGCAAGAGUUUCAGAAGAUCAAGGUCAAGAACCCGAUUGUGGAAUUGGAUGGGGACGAGAUGACACGGGUGAUUUGGGAUUGGAUUAAGGCCAGGUUCAUUCAUCCUUAUCUCGAUGUCGACCUCAAGUACUACGACUUGGGAAUUCUAUAUCGGGACAAAACAGAGGAUAAAGUCACCGUUGAGGCUGCAGAGGCAAUCUUGAAGCACUCUGUGGGCGUCAAGUGCGCAACCAUCACUCCGGACGAAGCACGUGUCAAGGAGUUCAAUCUCAAGAAGAUGUGGCUGAGUCCCAACGGAACGAUCCGCAAUAUCCUCGGCGGAACCGUCUUCAGAGAGCCCAUUGUCAUCCCCAGGAUCCCCCGCUUGGUAGCCGGCUGGAAAGAGCCCAUCAUCAUUGGCCGUCACGCCCACGGCGACCAGUACAAGGCCCAGGACUUUGUCGCUUCUGGCCCAGGUAAAUUGGAAAUGGUGUACACUCCCGAGAAUGGUGAGCCGAAGCGCAUCCAAGUCUUCGAUUAUAAGGCCAGUGGCGUCGCAUUGGCAAUGUAUAACACCGACGAUUCAAUCAGUGGAUUCGCUCACGCUAGUUUUAAGCUUGCACUUCAGAAGAAGUUGCCGCUGUACAUGAGCACUAAGAACACUAUUCUCAAGAAGUACGAUGGAAGGUUCAAGGAUAUUUUUCAGAAUAUCUACGAGUCGACUUACAAGACUGAGUUUGAUGCCAAGGGUAUUUGGUACGAGCAUAGGUUGAUUGACGAUAUGGUUGCUCAGAUGAUCAAAUCUAAGGGCGGCUUCAUCAUGGCUCUGAAGAACUACGACGGAGAUGUUCAGUCCGACAUCGUCGCGCAAGGUUUCGGAUCAUUAGGACUGAUGACCUCCGUCUUGAUCACCCCUGACGGGAAAACCUUCGAGUCCGAAGCAGCCCACGGAACUGUAACAAGGCAUUACCGCGAGUACCAAAAAGGCAAGGAAACCUCCACCAACCCGAUCGCCAGCAUCUUCGCUUGGACCCGCGGCUUAAUCCAGCGUGGCACUCUGGAUAACACCCCGGACGUCGUCGCCUUCGCCGAGUCCCUAGAGUCCGCCAUCAUCGACACCGUCCAGGUCGACGGUAUCAUGACCAAGGACCUCGCACUCGCCUGCGGAAAGCAGGAUAGGGACUCCUGGGUCACAACAAGUAUAUUCCUGGACGGCGUAGAGAAGAGGUUUAAAGGUUCGCUCAAGGCUAAGUCCAUUCUUUAGAGCUGGGGCAAAGUUUCAUUUGAGAGGAAGGGUGCGAAGGGGUGUCUAGUACCUGUAUUAUACUUUACUAUAAAUUUGCGGGAGAUAAAUUCCCGAUUGAUACCG